AUGGAUAACAACUUAAAUGACCAGGAAAAUCCGAUGGAAAGACAGGGCAGUUGUCUACUAUUAAGAUGCGCCAGUCAAAACUCUUUGGAUGAGAGUUCACAGAAACAUAUUCCUCAGUCUCACCACCAUAAUAAAGAGCGCCCACCAUAUAAAAACCACCUGCACACUCAAAAGGCAUUUGAAGUGAUGAAUGUCAUGCGAAAACAAAAACUACUAUGCGAUGUGACCCUGGUAGCAGAUUCAGUGGAAAUCCCAGCACACAAGAUGGUUUUAGCCUCAUGUUCGCCAUAUUUUUGCGCGAUGUUCUCCAGCUUUGAAGAGAGCCGACAGGAUCGAAUCACAUUGCAAGAAGUUGACCAUCAAGCUCUCCUGUUACUCAUCGAAUAUGCUUACACUAGCGAAGUGCAAGUCACUGAAGAUAAUGUGCAAGUUUUGCUGCCCGCCGCCAAUUUGCUGCAAUUAACAGAUGUAAGAGAUGCAUGUUGCGAUUUUUUACAAGCUCAACUGCAUCCCACAAACUGUUUGGGGAUAAGGGCGUUUGCUGAUUUACACGGCUGCAUAGAGUUACUUUCUCACGCUGAAACAUAUAUUGAACUACAUUUUCCUCAAGUUGUUGAAUGUGAAGAAUUUUUAACUCUUAGUCAUCAACAGGUGUCAAAGCUGAUAUGCAGUGAUAAAUUAACUGUGCCAACCGAAGAAAAAGUUUUUGAAUGUGUCAUUGCUUGGGUGCAACACGACCUCGCAAACCGCAAAAAACACCUUUCCUCUUUGAUGGAACACGUCAGAUUACCUCUGAUGACGCAAGAAUACCUAGUUCAAAGGGUCGAAGAGGAACCCUUAUUAAAAGCCGACUUAAUAUGCAAAGAUUUUUUAAUAGAAGCCCUUAAGUAUCAUUUGUUGAAAGGCGACACCAAAACGACCUUCAGAACGCCCCGAACAAAGCCUAGGCAACCGGUGGGUUUGCCUAAAGUUUUACUAGUUGUUGGGGGACAAGCCCCAAAAGCCAUAAGAAGCGUUGAGUGUUAUGAUUUUAAGGAAGAACGGUGGUAUCAAGUCGCCGAAAUGCCUACCAGAAGAUGCAGGGCUGGAUUGGCUGUCUUGAAUGGAAAAGUAUUUGCUGUUGGAGGUUUCAACGGUUCUCUAAGAGUAAAGACAGUCGACUCUUAUGAGGCCGGUUUGGAUCUGUGGUCCGCAAUGGAGAGCAUGGAAGCCAGAAGGUCCACUUUGGGGGUGGCAGUAUUGAAUAACUGCAUUUAUGCUGUGGGAGGUUUCGAUGGGUCCACAGGUUUAUCAAGCGCUGAAAUGUACGAUCCGCAGGUGGGAAAAUGGAAAAUUAUUCAGUCUAUGUCCACUAGGAGGAGUAGUGUUGGAGUUGGAGUGCUAUAUGGGCAGUUAUAUGCGGUUGGAGGCUACGACGGCGCGUCGAGGCAAUGCCUGAACAGCGUGGAGUGCUACACGCCCGAGACGGAGGCGUGGAUCACGAUACCGGACAUGUGUUCUCGACGCAGCGGCGCCGGCGUCGGGGUGCUGGACGGAAUUUUGUACGCGGUCGGCGGUCACGACGGCCCCCUGGUCCGCAAGUCCGUCGAGGCUUUCGACCCGGCCGCCAACCGGUGGACCCCCGUCUGCGACAUGACGAUGUGCCGGCGAAACGCCGGCGUCGUCGCCAUGAACGGGCUCCUCUACGUAGUAGGAGGCGACGAUGGAAGCUGCAAUUUAUCUUCUGUGGAAGUUUACAACCCCAAAGCCGAUAUGUGGACCAUGUUGCCAAGCUGCAUGUCCAUCGGUAGGUCGUACGCUGGUGUCGCUGUCAUCGAUAAGCCCAUUUGA